CUACACAAAUUAAAAUAUAGUACAAUCUUGUUUUAACUUCCAAGUUGCAACCUUUUCCUUUUCAUUCACCUUAUGCUUCAACUUCAGCCUCUUUUUUAUCCUGGGAAAGUAAGAAAAGAUUGUACUGCAUUUUUUUUUCUCUGUAAUACAACGAUCCGAAAAAAUGAUGCACAUGACCUUUUACUGGAGCCGGCAGGUGACUCUCCUGUUCAGUUCCUGGCGGACAGAUUCGUGGCUGAGUUACGCGUUGACUCUUCUGGCUUGUGUUUUGGCUUCGGUUUUGUACCAGUACUUGGAACAAGUAAGGUAUCGUGUCAGGCGGGGCGGGAAGCCGAAGGAGGGGACUGCGGAAGAGCCGUUUUUGUGGCAGACGAAGGGUGCUGGUGCUGGAAAUAGAGGGAAGGCGUCGGUGGCGAAGAUCGUGGGAGGGGUGCUUUUUGGGUUGAGCUCGGCUUUGGGGUAUUUGUUGAUGCUGGCGGUUAUGUCGUUUAAUGGAGGCGUGUUUUUGGCUAUUGUUUUGGGGUUAACGGUUGGGUUUAUGAUUUUUAGGAGCGAGGAGGAUGAUGAAAUUGCUGGUGUUAAUAGCACUUGUGCCUGUGCCUAACGGAGGAAAAGGUUGUUUAUUGUUUUCUUUUCUUUUGUUUUUAUUUUUUGUCUUGGAUUUUGGGAGUUUGGGCUUUGUCUGAUCCUGGGUUUGAUGAUGGUGGUGUGUUUUUAAUAUGUAAUCAUCUGACUGUAAGAUAAAAAGUCUUUAUAAUUGUUUCAAACUGUGGUUUUUCUCUU